UAUUUCAGAACACUCACAGUAGUGAACCAUAAUCAAGUGUUUAGUUUUGCAGUAAAGAAAAUGAAGUGCGUUAGGUUUUCUUUGUUUCUUAUCAGCGUCUGUUGCCUUCAGCUAGCAGAACUUUUAACCGUCGAACAAAUAAAAUUACUCGACGAAAGGCGAGGUGCUUGUCUCCAAGAAACCGGUGUGGACUCCACAGUGUUGGAAAGGGCCCGAAAAAGAGAUUUCGUCGACGACCAAAAACUAAAAGAGCACAUUCUAUGCGUUGCCAUGAAGCACCAGUUCGUCAAGGAUGGCGAACUUCAACAGCAACAAAUCAUAAAGAAAGUGGGACUAUUUCUGGAAGAUGAAGGCCUGGCAUCAAAACUAUACGCAAAGUGUUCUAAGGAUCAAGGAAACAUAUUGGAUACAGUAUUUUUCACUGCGCAAUGUUUCUUAAAAACUGCUCCUAUACCGAUUAUUUAA